UUUUUAAAGAGACGAUCGGAUUAUUAUAGGAUCUAGCACCUAUACUAUACUCUCGUAGUUAGCUGGGGAAGUGUGAAGCUAUUCAAAAUAUUGGACUUGGUACUAAUAUUUAGUCUCUGUGUACCAACAUAUAUAUUUUUAUUUAAUAUUAUAUAUACAAACAUAUAUACUAUUAAUGUCAGCCUGUUGCCCAUUUAGAGCAUAAAGUUCUUCUCUGUCAAUAGUGCUGAAACAAACAAUGAACUUAUUUUUGUUUUUUUUUUAUAAUACAAUAUAAAAUCAGGCAUCGACAUACUGUAAAUCUUCACUACAGCUUUGGGCAUCGUGGCGCUAACACCUGUUGAAUACAGUUAGGACGGAUUAUUUGGAAUACAAUAGAAACAAAAUAUACCACACACCACUACUACAAUAAAAUAGUGCAUUGUACUGUUAAAAAAAAAAAGAAAUCAAAGCAUACUUUAAGGAGAUGCUUUUUUAUUGAAUAUUGUAAAAUUUUUCGUUUAAAACAUAUGUCAGCAAUAAUUAAGUUAAAACUAAUAUUAAAAAUGUAUUUUAGUUAAAAUAUUAGUGCAAUUGGUGGCUUUGAAUAAAAAUUGAAAUUAAUACAACAACAUGUCAGAAAAACAACAAAAUUUAGAAAGUGAUAAAAACCGCGCUUCUGUUCUAAAUGAAACUUUUAAUGAAAGGCGAACCUCUAAUCCUAAUUAUAAUUCACCUAACCGCAGCAUGAUUGCUGUAAUUGUCUAUUUGGCCUUAUUGUUGGAUAAUGUACUGUUGACUGUUAUUGUGCCCAUUUUGCCAGAUUAUCUUGCUACCAUAAAUAACAGAACAAAAACAACAACAUUACAUUACGCUUCACUGGAUGCAGUCGUAGCAGCAACAGGCGUUAAAAAUAUAAAUGACAGCGGUGGCCUUGGUAUCCUUGGGGCUGCGGCGACAGCACAGCAUUUAGCUUAUCGCAAUCUGGACGGUACAGCGGCACAGCAGCAUAAUCAACAACAACAACAGUCGACUCUAAUACAACAGUACCAACAACAGCCACACAUUAUGACAAAACAUCCAAUACCCGGUAAAUCGAUGGUUAAUUUUUCAUUGAUUCACUUGGUAAACGAUGAUAAUAAUAGCAAUAAUAAAGUGUUAAUGGUGACGCCAAUAAAUGAACAACAACAACAACAAAACCAACGGAAUUGGAUAUCCACCGAACAUACUGAGGAGAGUCAAAUCGAUAAAAACUCUUUGGGGUUAAUAAGUAAUAAUAGCAAAGAGACGGGAAAUAAAAUGACAGCCACAAACCAAAAGGAUCAUAACAGUGAGAAUGCUAAUCUGGCUAGUGAAAACGGUUCUAUUGGAAUUUUAUUGGCGAUGAAGGCAUUAGUACAAUUAAUAUUUAAUCCCAUUGUGGGCAAUAUGUCUACCAAGUAUGGCUAUCGUUUACCCAUUGUUAUGGGAACAUUUUGUCUACUAAUUUCGUCUUUAGUAUUUGCUGUUGGUGAAUCAUAUACGACAUUAUUAAUUGCUCGUUCCGUCCAGGGCAUAGGUUCAGCAUGUAUUGGUGUUUGUGGCAUGAGUUUGGUGGCACAACAUUAUCCGGAAGAAGAUCGUCGUUCAAAAGUGAUGGGUAUAAUUUUGGGUAGUAUUGCAUUGGGUGUUCUACUUGGUUAUCCUUUUGGUGGCAUACUGUAUGAUUUAUUUGGAAAAUCGGCACCUUUUAUUAUACUCUCUACCAUAAUUUUUAUUAACUUAGGCAUGCAAUUAGUCACUAUGGACUUAUCGGUACAACCUGAGAUUAUUGUGAAUGUUGAUCAGCAACAACCAAAAUGGAAACCAUUACUGCAAAGCAAAAUGAUUUUGGCCAUUGUAAUAGCAAUAUGGUUUUCAACAUCGACAAUGGCCAUAUUGGAACCAUGUUUGCCCAUAUGGUUAAUGCAAUAUUUGAAACCUACCAAAUGGCAAUUAGGCACAGUAUUUAUACCCGAUUCUAUAGGCUAUUUUGUUGGCACAAAUUUCUUUGGCAGCAUAGCCUAUAAAUACGGACAAAUUAAAAUAUCCUGUAUAUCAUUAUUGUUGGUGGGAAUAUCUUCGGUGUUGAUACCUAGUGCUACCACUGUUGCACAAUUAUUACUGCCUCAUUUUGGUUUAGGCUUAGGUAUUGGCAUUAUUGAUGCAGCUUUAGUACCUCUAUUGGCCACAUUCGUUGAUGCCACUUUGGCACAGGAAGAUCAAAUUGAUAUGGAUGCAAAAAUUUCCAGUAGUUCACAUACUAUGUCAAGUUAUGGUACCGUUUAUGCUAUACAACAGACAUCGGUUAGUUUGGCCUAUUGUUUGGCACCUCUAAUUGGUGGGGAAUUGGCCCAGGCUUUUGGGUUUGCUUGGCUUAUGCGUAUUGUUGGUUUUUUUAAUAUAAUAUAUGGUCCAAUAUUGGUGUGCUUGUAUUAUAAAUAUGAUCCAAAGAUUUUACGCGACAGACAAAAUGAAAUGUUACUAAGUUCUACUGGUGCUGGACAUGGUAGUAAAUAUAAACAACUCUAUAAUUCUGUAGACACAGAAUGAAAUUGAGUGUCUCUAAUAAAACUACAACUAUUCUUUAGCAAUGUCUAUAAUUCCUACUAUAUGUACUUCAAACAAUAUUUGGUGUUAAUAUAAAAAAUAUAAUGAGAAUAUUGAAAACAUAAAAAAGCUUGGUUUCAACAAAAAAUCCAAAAUUCUGCAAAGAUUAAAUAGAAAUUGAUAAAACUUAAAUAUCUCUAUAAAUUUUCUCCGAACUCUAUAACAAUAUCUAAUAAAUCUAUAAACGCAAAUUAAAUAAUGAUAAAUAAUAAAUUGUAGAAAAAUAUAUUAUAAAUCUAAAUACGCAACUUAA